GUAUUUUGCUUGUUUCUUCUCGCCUUCUUCAGUCUGAAGCCUUAUGUAGGUCAGGCUUGGCUUAAGCAGAUUUCCUGAACCUGCGUCAGCUUAAGCUGAAGGAAUUUUAAUAAACCCUCCCUUGUAGGCGUGGGCCUAAAUGAGACUAGCCUAGUUAAGCCUGAUCUUUUUCUGUUUGUGAAAAAGAGCUGAGCAGAGCUAGGGACUGCAUGGUGGCUCCAGGAACGGCUUCCUUAAUUCAAAGAUAACAAUGGUUGGGAAGGCCAGAUCUUCUAAUUUUACCUUAUCUGAAAAGCUCGAUUUGCUAAAACUCGUGAAGCCGUAUGUUAAAAUUCUCGAGGAACAUACCAAUAAGCAUUCUGUAAUAGUGGAAAAAAACAAAUGCUGGGAUAUUAUAGCUGAUAACUACAAUGCCAUCGGAGUAGAUCGCCCUCCUCGUACUGCACAGGGCCUGCGCACGCUGUACAAGAGGCUCAAAGAAUAUGCCAAACAGGAGCUAUUGCAGCAAAAGGAGACUCACUCAGAUUGUAAAAGCAGCAUUUCCGAGCCAACCAAGAAAGUUGUGGAAAUGAUUCCACAGAUUUCCAAUGUGUGUUUAAGAGACAGGAGCGGUGUUCAAAGUGCUAGUAUCGAUAAAGAAACAAUUGCUGGUACCAGUUCACCACAGGCAAUGUUGGAUCACCAUCCUGCGACAGUCAUGAUGGACUUGCAGUCAGAAGAGGAUGUCAAACCUCCUCCUUCUCUGAUUAUAGACUCACAGCAAAAUGAGAACUUUGAACAAGAGGAAGAACACCAGCUGGUGCAUAUUAUGGAAAGGUCUCCUUCAACAUCGGUGUCUUCAGUUGAUAUGAGAGUGAUGAUGUCUCCUUCCCCUGUACCAAGAAGAGAUGAGUUUUUUAGGCUUGAGGUUGGAGAACGCUUUAGACCAGUGUGUGGUUAUGACCCUCAAAUGUUACAAAUGCUGAAAGAGGAGCAUCAAAUUAUAUUAGAAAACCAAAGAAAAAUUGGUCUUUAUGUCCAAGAAAAAAGGGAUGGUUUGAAAAGAAAGCAGCAACUGGAAGAAGAACUGUUGCGAACAAAAAUCAAAGUAGAGAAGCUGAAGGCAAUACGACUACGCCGUGAUCUGCCAGAAUACAGCAAUAUCUAAAUAUUGCUAAAUCUAAAUAUUUUAUUACUUCUGUCAUAUUCUUUGAAAUAAUAAUAAAUGCAAAAUUGUUUUUUAUGUUAAUAUGGAUGGAUCAAAAUCUGGGCUUGAGACAUGACAGCAUAUGUUGUUUAAGUACUUUAGAAAAAUACUUUGUAUGGGUUUGAAUGCACCAACUCUUCUGGUCUAAAGUACAGUCAAAUCCAUGUUUAAGUGUUCAGGUUGAUAAAAAGCCAAAUUUUAAAAAUAUUUCUACUUACCUUUAAAAUUGUGAUGAACUAAUGGAAAUUUAAUUCAGUUCUUGUUAAAAAUUUUGGUCAUAUGCAUUAUUUUUUCAAAUAAUCACCUUUAAUAUCUUAAUGAAGUUGCAGGUAAAUAAAUGCAUAUAAGAAGGAGAAAUAAGAGGCCAUGUUUAAAUGUUUUAUUCUUUUCAACUUGGUAAAUCUUAUGACAGUAGUGACAUUUGGCUGAUAUAUCAGCUUGGAAAGCAGAAUUACUGGAUUGUUAUAUUUUUUUAAUGUUCAGUAGACAGUUGAAUAAAUGUACAUCUUUUAAAAAGUUAAUACUUUUUAAUUGUUUCCAGUGGAGAAGUAUUUCCAUAGGAUGUUAUCAAAAUAGAGACAAUGAAUGGUUUUUAAAACUGCAUGCAUGUGUAAUUUGUGUGUACAGUUACCAUGAUUGUGUAUUCAGUUAUAGUAAUUAUACUGGUGAUCAACCACCUAAAUAGCUACUUUGCUCAUUUGCAUGCAUAAUUACUGCAGUGCAUGUGCAACCAAGACAGUUGCGGGUGCCUUUGAUCAAUAUCACUAUGACUAUAAGCUACUGAAAUAAAAUAGUUUAUGUAUGUAAGUAACAUGUGACUUGAAAUCAACACAAGAUUGUGUUAUUCUGGGUCCAUUUUAUAGAUCCUGUUGCUCCAAUCUUUCAAUUAGUUUCAAAUAAAAAGCCCCAAAUGAAAGAAA